CGGGCGAGAAGAGGCUUGUCCUCCCCAUCCACCCCCUCACCCAGCCGCGUUCCGGUCCGCCUCUAUGCAGCUCACCGUCGGCAUGAUUGUUGUGCCCGACGCGCUGUCUUUUCCAUAAGCGCUGGAUUUUCCAUGACGGGCUUGGAGGUGACAGGAUGAAGCGGGACACGUGCGCGGCCACAAUCAUAAUGUUGCUGCUUUCAGCUGUCCAUUGCAACAACAGGUCUCCACCGGGAAAACCGGUACUGCUUGGUUGCCGGUCCCCCGAGAAGGAGACGUUCACCUGCUGGUGGGAGCCAGGUGUCGACGGAGGACUUCCCACCACACAUCGCUUAUACUACCAGAGAGAACGAUUGGAGGGGACACACGAGUGUCCAGACUAUAGCUCGGCUGGAAACAACACCUGCUUCUUUGACAGAAUCCACACGUCCAUUUGGGUUGACUACUACUUGACAGUGGUGGCCUCCAACACCCUGGGGAACGCCACUUCGGACGUCUUAAAGAUCGACGUGAUGGAAAUUGUGAAGCCUGACACACCUGAACACGUCACGCUCUCGACGGAGGACCGAGUUGAAAGUCAGAGUCUGCACGUGAGCUGGGAGCAUCCCGGGGACGUGGACAUCAAGUCCGGCUGGGCCACGCUGGAAUAUCAGAUAAGAGCCAGAGAACAACAACGAGUAGGAGACAACAACAACUGGAAGGAGUAUAAGGCCGGGACACAAACCCAAUUCACACUCUACGGCGUUCAUCCCGGGGCGGUGUUUGUGGUCCAGGUGCGGUGCCGACUGGAUCACGGCUCCUGGAGUUCGUGGAGCGAAGCCUCCUACAUGAAGAUCCCUAACAGUAUUCGGAAGGAGAAACCCUUUUGGGUGUUAGUUUUGGCUCUCUCUUGCUUUUUGUUUCUCGCAGCACUUUGGCUCAUGGUCUUGAAGAGGAAAAGUGUGAUACGGCGUCUGCUUCCGCCUGUUCCGGCUCCAAAGAUACGAGGGGUUGACUUCCAGUUGGUCAAGAGUGGGCAACCCGAAGACCUCGCCAGCGCAUUGAUCAUCCACCAGGACUUCCCUCCUGCGGUGGCCUGGAAGGACUACAUGGUCGACUACCUAAUUGUGUCGGAUCAUACGGCUCAGCAGAGGAGCGCGGUGAGUUCGGCCUGCUUCAGUUCCGACUACCAACUUAAGGACAACCGAGCAGAGCCGAAUUUGAAGAUGCCGCCUGCUGUCAACCGGGAAGAUGGCUGCGGUGAUUUUUCAAACCACAGCAGCUAUGUGCACAUUGAGACACACGCCGGGCUGGAGUUGGACUACACCAGAGUCAAAGACGUGACAUCCGACAACGUCGUCCUCCUCGAGAACAUGGAGGUUCUCGGACCGGAGAAAGUCCCUGAGGAAUAUAGCAAGAUGGUGGACAGUAAAAUGCUGUUGCUUCCGAAAAAGAACUUCCAGUUGGAACGUCACAAGAAGCUGCCGCCCACACACUCUCGUAUGGAUUGCGAUCUCAUCGACAACGGAUACGUAGACGCCAUCCUGACCCCACCUUUCGGGAAAACGUCUUCGACCUAUUGAAGGUUGAUACAGGAUGGAUUUGUUUUUGUAUCAAGACUUUUGGUGUCCCAACUCAACAUUGUGCUGGGGCACCAAGUAAUCCUCAUAUGUUGGUAGGUGCCAUUCCAAACAGCAUCCCGCUCCACAAAAGUUCAUGUUGAUCUGUGUUUUUUGGUUGGAAAUUUGGUCAUUCAUUUGUGGAAAGAAUGAUAAGUAACAGAGGAGUGGGGGGGGGGGGGGGGGGGGGGGACGUCACCUCAUGCCAAAAUGUAAUUUAUUAAUUGGAAUCAUUGAAAAUAGGUAGUCAAUCUUAAUCUUUCAUCACAUAUGGCCUGUCUUUACAUACACUCGUAUACAUAUUAGUUUCAUUAUUUUUUUUAACAACUAAUAAAUAAAAAUCACAA